AUGAAUUCAACACGAGAGCCAGUACAGGUUAGCUGUCUAACCUUCGGGAUAUUGGAGUGCUUCGUUGCGACCAUWAGCGCUAUUGUCAAUGGAUUGCUCCUAAUUGUACUUUACAGAAACCCUUUUAAAUCAUUUCGUCGACCUUUUUCAGUGCUUAUCAUUGGUCUUGUAAUGACGGAUUUUCUCAAAGGUCUCAUCGCAGAUUCUAUCACAGUUUGGAUGCAGUUUCAUUGUGCUUUUGGGAAAGCCACUUGGCUGACCGAAGACUGGAAUUUCUACACCGUUCUGGACUAUAUGUUGGAUAAUUCUGCUACCAUCUUAGUGACAUUAUUUGCAGGGGAUCGGCUAUUAGCGGUAGCAGCACCUCUAUUCUAUCGUAAUCACAUUACUACUAAAAAGGUUGCAGUAGCAGUUUUAUGCGUAUGGCUAUACGCAUUUAGCUUCAGCUUGCUGCAGUUUUCUGGGAUUACUGAUGAAGCGUAUGAUUUAGUCGAUUGCUGUCUUCAUAUUAUCGCCCCAAUGGUGGUAAUGAUUAUAAUACAUGGUUUAAUCUAUUCCGUCCUACAAAAGCGAAGCAAAGUUGAGACCACAACAAAUGCUAGUCACCAAAUCCAAGAAACUCCAUCAUGGGUACUGAAAAACCAACGACUUGAAAAAAACUUUCGCUACGUCGCAUCUAUCAUUACACUGAUUUUAGCCAUAUCCCAGUUGCCAUGGCUCUCAAUAGUGCUUGUCAAAUCCMGCUGCAAGAGUUGUACAGAGGUGUAUUGGUUUGAGACUUAUGAUCAGUUUGCUGGUUUCGCUUUAUCACUGACAUCGGCAAUUAACCCUAUUCUAUAUUGUUGGCGCUUGAAAGAGUACAGACGUGCGCUCAAGGCUUUAGUUACGUGUCGCAGAAUCCAACCAACUUCAAGUCUUGAAGAAACGAGAAACAAGAAUUCUAUUCCUAAUCUGAAUGUAAAUAGCAACAUAGAUUCCCGCAAACAAGCGGAUUUAAACUCUCCAGGAAUACAAACUUAAGAUUAAACCUUUCAAACAAGAAGUCGAUAAGAAUUAAGAAAGUUUGACGCCGCCAUUGUAAUGCGAAACUGAUAAUUGGAAAAAAUCGAUCGCAUAUUAAAUUCUAACUCAAUCGAAAGUAAAGGCUUUGUGCUAAUUGAAUCCAACAAUUUAGAAAGUAGACUUCAAUGYUUUUGGUUUUAUAAUUACUGCAUAGUUAUCAAAACUAUCGACAUUGAGAACUAUAAACAGGUUAUUUUUAGUUCAAUUUAGCUUAGACUUGACCAGCAUCUCAAGAAAGUCAUUCACUGAGCUUUUGCUUUCAAGAUCGUAGGUGCAGUGUACAUUAAGUUAGAUUAAAAAGCGUGUCAGAUUACUGAUACUUUCUCUAUCUACUUUUUUCUGUUGAUGAAUGUCGUCGUUAUAAAAAGAAACUUAAAUCAACAAACAAAWCAAAUAAAUCUUCUUAAAAUAGCUCAACGAAAUAAUAAACCAUAAAAACCUUUUCUUAAUAGUGUCAACAACGUUUUUAAUAACUCUAUCCCUUCCUCAUGAAUAUCCAAAAUGUCUAGGCUGUUAUUUGAGUACAUGCGAGUCUCUUGAGAAACUGA